AUGGAGUCGUUACAAGAGAAACCACUUCCCGCCGACCGCGAACGAGCCCCGACGCAGGCUCGAGCAGCUUCAUCCGCCGUGUCGCUGUCGAACUCUUCCGCGCCGACUGCCACUAACAGAAUGGACCUGGCAGCCUUUGACGGCUCGUUUGCGCCGCUGGUGCGGCCUCAGGCGGUGCGGCUGACGCCGUGGUAUCGCAGACGGGACUAUUUCGUGGGACAGUGGUUUGAGCCGGCGUUGUGGAGAUCUGCCGUCGUCGAAAUGAUUGCCACUUGCUGCCAGGUCUUUGUGUCGGGCCAGAUUGUCGCGACCAUCUCCACCUACGGAACGCCCCAGCUUGGCGCCUACAUUGGCAUCUCCAACCUCGUCUUGAUAGCGACCUUUAUCUACGCCGUUGCGCCUGCGUCGGGAGGGCACAUGAAUCCCAUGAUUACGUUUGCGGCUGUGUUGACGGGGUUAUGUUCGGUGCCUAGAGGCAUACUAUACAUGGUUGGCCAGACCGCUGGCGGUGCCCUCGGUGGAGGAAUACUCCUUGGUAUUUGGGGCAAAGAAAGAGCAAUAGCUGUCCGUGGGGGCGGCUGCUGGUACGACCCAUCGCAGGCCAACCCCGGCCAGAUCUACCUCAACGAGACCUUCGCCUCCUUUGUCCUCCUCUUCCUGGCCUUUGGCGUCGGUCUCGAUCCUCGCCAAGCAGCCCUGUUUGGCCCCCGGAUGGGUCCUGCGCUCGUCGGCGCAUCGUUGGGGCUGGUGACUUUUUCUACGAGCGGAAUUAUUCCUGGCUAUGCUGGGGCUCAGAUGAAUCCGGCAAAGUGCUUUGGAAAUGGAAUUGCGAGGCUAGAUUUGUCGUAUCAGUGGAUUUAUUGGUUUGGACCUGCGGUGGGAGGCAUCAUGAUGGGAAUUCUGUACAACCUGAUUCCGCCACAUCACGCAGAGCUGUCCAAGCGGAAGAGCAGGGAGAUGAGCAGGGAGAUUACCUCGGAUUCAAUGGCCGAAAGAGCUGAGGCGUCAGUUAUUGCAUCAUCAUGA